CUCCUCUCCAUCCACACGUCAAAGGGACUUGAAAGCUUGAAUAAAGAUGCUCAACGUCUCGGGUCGCUGGAGCCUUGUCACCGGGUGAAACUGAGUUAUCUGUAGGGACGUGCGCACGCACAGAAGCAGUUUAGGCUUUUCUUAAGCUGAAAGUCUCGUGUAUCCUGCUUUCAGCGCGAGGGCAUUCCACCGACCGACAUGGAACUGAAGAAAUCUAUUUCGGACACCGAGCGCGCGCUCAGGAGCUACGGCGCCGUGUCAGAAACAGCAUGGACAACGGACAAAGGUCAUUCAGAUGUGUCCAUGGCGGAGAGCACCAUGGCUCCAGAGGAGAUCGAGGUGGAGAUGGCUCGGAUCCAGCGCCUGCGAGAGGUCCUGGUGCGCCGGGAGUCAGAGCUGCGCUUCAUGAUGGAUGACAUUCAGCUCUGCAAAGACAUCAUGAGUUUAAAGCAGGAGCUGAGACAGAUUGUCACGGCACCAGAGAAAGAGAAAAACAAGAAGCAGAGGCAGCGGGAAGAAGAGUUGAUCCUGAAGAUCCAUAAACUGGUGCAGAAGAGGGAUUUCCUGGUGGAUGACGCAGAGGUGGAGAGAUUAAGGGAGCAAGAAGAGGACAAGGAGAUGGCAGAGUACCUCAGACUGAAGCUGAUGCCUCUGGAGAAGAAACUCAAAGCCACACAAAAUGCUGCAAAGCCGAAGAGACAAAUCCCAGAGCCGCCUCCCAACAAGCCGUCCAUCACCAAGUCAGGAGUGGCUGUCAUCAAGGACUGCUGUGGAGCCACGCAGUGUGCCAUCAUGUAACAUGUGACCUUUAUGACCCUGCAUCAGACACACUCACAUCCCAUCACACGCCAUACAUCACUUCCUGUGACUCAGAGAACCUCGGCUCACUGCUUUUUUUCCUCAAAACUGUUCAGGAAUCAGGUUUGUAAUUGGGUUAGUGAAGGGAAUUGUAAAUAAAAAACUGAUCAAGAUACAUCUUUAAUUAGACCCAUCAUGAAGCGAUCCUUUAAGUGGACGAUAUGGUCUGUGAUCAUGUGGUCGAUUGACAGUGCAGCCAUCUACAGAACUACAAGCACAAAGUCCAAACAGGGAAAUAUAAACGCUGGGGUUCUCUGUCGGACAUCUGUAAUCUAAUCGUCCUGUCAUGAUUGAGAACGGAUAUUUAUUCCUCCAUCACAGCCGUUUAUCAACCAGAGAACCUCUUAAUCUUACGAAACCCACAAAUCUGCUUUUGUACUGGAGCUAGGCAAUCAUUUGGACUCCAUGCAUUGGCUCAGUUUAAUCCUCUCUUUGAUUCUGUAGUAUCAGAUGUGCUUGAAUUAAAGCUCUCACAGUCAAAAGGUCUUUGGUAGUCAUUGAAAAUCAAAAUCAAAAACAGAAAAUACUUACGGAGAAUGUUCUUCAGUAACACCAUUGAAAUGAUACAACAUUUGUAUUCCCCCCCUACAAAAAACAGUUCUUACUGGCAGGAAAUCUGAAAAUAGCCAGUUAUUGUAGUGUUGUACCCACUGGUUUUUACAAGUAUUAUUACUCUGGUUAACCCUAUAGCAUAUGGAGAGCCAAAUAAGAAUUAAGAAUUACGAUCCACUGUUUAAGUUUGAUUUCAAUGCAAGUUAUUACUGUCAUGUCUAAUGUCUAUGCAUUUUUAUUGGCUCUCAUCUGCCAUUUGGAAGAAAACAAAUGCUUUUUAGAACAUGAAAUGGCACUGCAAUUCAGCCUCUUGUGGCCCAAAAGAGUAUUGCAACAACAACUGCUUACAUAUUUCUCUUGAUUCUGAUAAAACUAUUUCCAACUUUGUUCAAAGAGGGGGAAAAAAACGUCCCCUGCUGUUUACCUUACUCAUAAACACUGAAGAAAUAACAAUGUAAGACCGAGCAGGAUCACCAUGAUCUUUACUUUUCUCCGAGAUUGUGUAACUAUAUACGACAUCAGUUAUAACACUUUCUUUCAACAUGGUGGGAUAUUUUAUUGAUUUUUUUUUAAAUGGUCCACUACGCUCGCUCAUCCUCGAGUCACUACAUCAAUAUUGACUGGUAGUAUGACAUGAUUCAUAGUCAUCAUCAGUAUUGCUGACAAACUCUUUGCAUCCUACGAAUUUAGUCUCGCGUUUUUAUGAUAAACACCAGGAAUUUAAUGCAACUCUUGUAAAUGCCUACAAUAGACGGUGUAUGUUUGAGUGUAUUUAGGACUUUAGUGUCUCCUGUCAAGCAAAGUUUGCCCUUUGUCACCUUACCUUCUGAUAACUUAGCAUUCUGUAGUAGUAGUGAAUUUAUGAAGGUCCUAAUGUUGAAUAUUGAACAAAUAUGCAGAAGAAUAAGCUGAAACUACCUGUACAUACAUGUUUAAAUA